UGAAAAUUGCAAUGGAGAAGCAAUGGCCAAAACGUUGAAUUUGAGAGUUCAUAAGAGAAACUAUAGCGAAAAUAGCAGUAUCAAUGAAGAAAUCUUGAUCAAUCAAAAAGAUGUGCCAGAUGUAGCAGUUGGUGAUGUUGUUGAAAUCUAUCAUAUUGAGGAUGAGGAAAGUCGCCUCCUAUUGCAAGUUGCAUCUUUAUCAGAUGAAUUUCAACCCAAAGGAACUGUAAGCAUUGCACAAAACAUUGCUUCAACAUUCCAGCUUAGAGCAUACAAAGAUGUCAUUGUUAAAAAACUUGACCCAAAGAGUGUGGCUUUGGACCUGGUUGAGAUGCUGUUUAAGGAUCAGUACUUUAGCCGCAGCGAUUUCUGGAGGUUGAGGAAUGGAAUCAUUAACAGCUGUGUCUAUCUCAACAAAAAGAUAGAGCAUGCUGAAAUGAGACCUCAGGUAAUGGAGAUGUGGUCUAAAGGAGAGAGGGUCAUGUGUGGAACAAUAACAGAGGACACCAGGAUUGUGUACAGAUCCUCGACAGCUGUUGUACAGAUCUUUAUACAGAUGAGCAGUGAGAUGUGGGACUUUGACAUUCUGGGAGAAGAUCUUUACUUUGAGAAAGCUCUCAAUGGCUUCCUUACUGACCUGUUUGCCAAAUGGAAGGAGCAGAACUGUCUUCAUGAUGUUACAAUUGUUUUGUUUUCAAGAACAUUUUAUAAAGCUCAGUCUUUAGAGGAAUUCCCAGAAUAUAUGAGAGACUGUAUUGUGUGUGAUUACAAGGGGAGAUAUUACCAGGACUUUUAUAGGAUUGUAGUACAGAAUGAGAGAUAUGAUGACUGGACGUCCACUAUGAUGCUUCUACGUAAACUCUGUAAUUCGUAUAAAGAGAAGAUUCUGAACUACCAUAAACAGAGAGGGCAGAAAGUCCCGACAGCGUACAACUCCACAGCAGCUCAGGGCAACUUCCUGGAGACACUCAACAUGUCUCUGAACUUGUUUGAGGGCUACUACAUUGACAGGAACUUUGAUAGAACUGGUAAGGUGGCUGUGGUGAUCACCCCGGGAGCUGGUGUGUUUGAGGUGGACAGGGAACUAGCCAAUAUCACCAAGCAAAGGACCAUUGAUUGUGGGGUGGGCAGUGACUUGGUGUGUAUGGGAGAACAACCCCUUCAUGCUGCCCCCCUAUUCAAGUUCCAUAACAAGCAUGCCAAGACAUCAUUAGAGGUGGGAGACGAUUACAACAUACCGCACUGGAUGAAUCACAGUUUUUACAUCUCCAAAAGUCAAAUAAAAGCACGUUUACAAGGAUCCUUCAUCCCAAGAAUUAAACCACCCCCAGAAUUUUAUGAAGAUCAGAGAAGACCUAGUGAAAGAAAACUAAUUGCCCGUCCCUCAAACAAUCAGGCAGAGGAUGAAGAUUCCAGGAAUUUCCCAUUUGUAGAUUAUGAUGAGUAUGAUGCUCAAAUCUGGAAACUCCCCACCCCCAAUUCAACUAGAUUUGGGUCUCUAAAGAGUCCCUACCACUCAAGAAGACAGCCCCAGACAUUGGCCGAGGCCAAACAGAUAAAGAAACCUCGUAAAAGAAAUGUAUCCGAUGACUACCCUAGUGUGGUGGUGGAGAAGGGGGAGAGGAGGGGAUCACCUGCCAUCAACAUCCCCUCCCUGGCCCGCUCCAGCAGCAGUGAGGAUUUAUCCUCCUCUGUUGGAUGUUACCCUAUCAUCAAAAAAGUUCCAAGUAGGGAAUCAAACGAGUCCUUUGAAGCAGAGGAGACUUAUUUCUCGAGGAGAAUUGUUGGCAGCGCAGAGUCUCCUGUUGGUUACUCAAGGAAGCAUAUUUACCAGGCCAAGUCUCGCAGAGCUCUCAUCAACCCUUUUGCUCCCUCUAGGAUGCAGUUCAAAAUGACAUCAAACAGGAGGAGAUGGGUGCAUGCUUUCCCCACAGAUCCACAAGGUGCUGCUGUACAAACCCACCAUUUUCACAUUUACAAUAAAAGAGAUUCUUCUGUAUUACUUGACAGCAAGCUCAGCCGGGAUUCAUUAAAGAUGUCCCAGUUGUCAAUGGACAUGAAAAGACAGCCUUCCUUCAUUGGACAAGAUGAGAAAAUGUUCUCAGAACCUAGCAGUUUGAAUCAUACUGCCAGUGGCUUGGUUUCUGAGGAGAAAUUUUACGUGGGUUCUGUAGACAGCUGUAAGAGUAUUUCUCCGACUAGCAGUGUCCAUAAUCUAGAACGCCUUCCCCAGGGCUCCUCUCUAGGCUCAGUCAACAACAGCAGUGUCCUUGACCUGGGUCUACAGGCAGGGAAGGUCACAAAGAACAAGGCGAAGGAAAACAGAUCCUAUCUUUGGGGCCCAACUGGGGAACAAGAAUGGAGCCCAGAUAUGACAACAGGCCAGGACUGGUUUCCCGCACAUGGAUAUCAAAAUGAUUCCUGUCUCGUCAAGCCAAUACUAACUGCAGACAUACAUUCGCAAAAUUUCUGUGCUGGAAUAAGUGUGGACUGGAAAUCCCUGACAAUGCCCGCCUCUCUUCCCAUCACCACUGACUACUUCCCAGACAAACGGAGUCUGGAGAAUGAUUACACUCUAUCUCAGUACACAUUAAUACCAGAGGAUGUCAACAACGAGUACUACUCCAGUCCCCCAGCCUCAGAGGAUGAAAAGUUCUACAGAAGGAAGCCCCUGUCUGUGACAGAGCUGUUCAGGGAGCUGAUCUCCCAGAGGCUGGCCCAGGGAUUCCAGAUCAUUACUAAGAAGAAGUCCGACAAACAAUCCUUAGAGAUGUCAGUUGGGUCUAGUCCUCAGUACCCAUUGACCUCUAGUCUCAUCAGGGCCAGACCCAGGUCUGGACCGCAGGAGGAGAUCUACCUAAGCAUUGGAUUGAUAUUUCACAAGCUGACCCUCAGUGGACAGACCAUUCAGGUCACUCAGUACAGACCAAGACAUGAACAGAGACAGAUGAAUCACUUGUAUAGGUACCGAUUUCAGGUCCCUGACUCACUGAGCUAUGACAUCUCAACGAGUCAAUUCAAAAAUGAGAAACUAGAGAAUUACAACUGGAACUAUCUCGAUCAGUACAUAUGUACUCGUGGGGAGGGUGACUACGGGUUGUUAGAUCAUUUGAAGUACUGGCAAGCGAGAUUUUUUCUGUUGCCGUGUAAUAAUCCAGCUACCAGAAAGAUCAUAGAGGGAAAUGAUAGGAUCUGCCCUAGGUGUGAUAUCUAUCAGAUGAAAAGUAAACAGGAACUUCAUCAGUUAAUCAGUGGAUUCGUUCGCUUCUUAGAAACUCUUAACAAAAUCAGGAGAACUGCACAGGCUAGAAGGCCAAAGCAGCACUCUGGAGAAAAUGCAUCUAGUACCCCUACUUCAGACCAGCAAACUUCACCAUCUAGCCAGAAAGAAGUAGUAAUAUUGUCAACAUCAAUGCCAUCAUCAAAAUUAAUAGAAGCUAUGAGAGACCCCCAGACAGGAUUACCCAUGAUUCCUAGGCAGACUGGUCUCCCAGAGAGCUGUUUUAUCUCGGAGGAGGCGGUGGAUUGGUGUAUACAAAAUAUACAGGAGGUCAAGGACAUCUCUAGUGGCACCACUCUAAUGCAGCGACUACAAGAUGAACACUUUAUUUGCCACGCCUCAGGAAAUCCCUAUCACAAGUUCAUCCAUGGCUUCUACCUGUACAACAUUGUGUCACCAAAAGAUAAACCAAAAACUGAUGUGUAUGGACCAAUUUACAAUUAUUUGUUCCAAAAUGAGUGGUGUGAGGUAGCCAUUCUUCCUGUGGAGCGAGAAAGAACUGAGGUGCCACUGUUUGCGAUGGACGAGUCUCCAUGCCAGGUGUCCGAGCUCUGGGUUAAUAAGACAACCAACAACUGGCAAAAAUUGUCUGGUUUAGACUCAGAGGCCCAGGGCUGGGGCCAACAGCUGGGUUCAAGAGUUAACCUGUGUGCUCUCAAAGCAACACUAACUCACAAGUAUGUCCAUGUUGAUGUUGAUUCCAAUAAUAAGAGUGACCGCCCAGAGUGGGCGUCGGCCAAAUACCAUGCUUACUACAGCCCCAAUGCUGCAUUUGAAAUACAGCUCCAGUGGAUGGUUGCCACAGGUCCCAUUCUUGGAGAUUUGGUGACAACUUGGGGGCGCAAGGCCCAAGCCUGUGGAUUUCACCUUCUUCCUGUCCCAGGGGACCCUUUUGCCCUGCCUUCUGCCCCAGACUCUGACCCAUUGAGAGGACCCAUUUUUAUUCCACUGGACAUUGCUAGUCUAGCACAGGGAGGAAAAGCAAUAUUUCAUGAUUUGGACCCAGAUGCUAAAUCAAAGAAACUGUUACAUUUUCAAGAUGAAAUCAUUAAGAGGUAUGGUUUCAUGCCAAUCAAUGUCUGUGUAUCCCAGACUCAUCAUCACUACAUGACAGAUGAACAGCAGCAGUAUGUACACUGUACAGGCGGCAUGUUUAUCCUUAUAGAGAGCAGUCAGAUUGUAACACCCAAAGAAAAGAAAACAACAACCAGUAGAUUCAGUAAAAAAUCUGCUGGAGAGCUUCGCAAAGACUAUAUAGCUCGACAGAACAGCAGCUCCUCAGCUGCUGAAGUCGUGACGCAAAAUAAAAUUGGAUUCUUGUGGUCCUGGAAUUUUAUGUCAUCAAAGAGAUGGCGAUCUCCAAACACAGGAGACGAAUCCUUCCAGGACAAAAUGUUGGCAGAUUUUCGUGAGUUCUGUUCAAACGAAAAUAAUAGGCUGACAGAGUUUUGGAAUGAUUUCAAGAUGUCUUCUUUGUAGAUAAUGUUAAUGACAUUGAUUGGGCAUUGAUGCAAUAUUGAGAAAAACGUCACUGUUGAUGAAUGAUAUAUUACUUUUUAAAUAAAUUGUUACAAAGCUUAUAAA